AAAGAUCUCUCAUUUUCUAAAACCGUCUAAAACGUUCCACUACCACAUCCCUUCUACUUAUUUCUUAUUCCCCCCAAAUUGGCAAGUAGCACGCAACAAACUCUUGAUCCACUGUGCAUUUCCCUGUUCUUCGCCCACCUUGAAGAUGACGAUGCAGUACAAGAAUCUAGGGCGAUCGGGGCUGAAGGUGAGCCAGCUGUCAUACGGGGCAUGGGUGAGCUUCGGGAACCAGCUAGACGUGAAGGAGGCAAAGUCCCUGCUGCAGUGCUGCCGCGACCACGGCGUCAACUUCUUCGACAACGCCGAGGUCUACGCCAACGGCCGCGCCGAGGAGAUCAUGGGGCAAGCCAUCCGUGAGCUCGGCUGGAAGCGCUCAGACGUCGUCGUUUCAACCAAGAUCUUCUGGGGCGGCCAGGGCCCCAACGACAAGGGCCUCUCUCGCAAGCACAUCAUCGAAGGCACCAAGGCCUCGCUCAAGCGCCUCGACAUGGACUAUGUUGACCUCAUUUACUGCCAUCGCCCUGACGUCUCUACGCCCAUUGAAGAAACCGUUAGGGCCAUGAAUUUCUUGAUCGACCACGGCAUGGCCUUUUACUGGGGGACCAGCGAGUGGUCCGCCCAGCAGAUCACUGAGGCCUGGGGCGUCGCCGAUAGGCUCGAUUUGGUCGGUCCUAUUGUCGAACAGCCCGAGUAUAACCUCUUGUCCAGGCACAAGGUUGAGUCUGAGUUCCUCCCGCUCUACAGCAACCAUGGUUUGGGUCUGACUACUUGGAGUCCACUUGCAUCUGGAGUGCUUACAGGGAAAUACAAGAAAGGAGCUAUUCCUCCUGAUAGCCGCUUUGCUUUGGAAAAUUACAAAAAUCUGGCAAAUCGAUCACUGGUCGACGAUGUGCUCAAAAAGGUUGAUGGGCUGAAGCCUAUAGCAGAUGAACUGGGUGUGCCAUUAUCACAACUUGCAAUCGCAUGGUGUGCAGCCAAUCCUAAUGUUUCAUCAGUUAUUACUGGUGCUACGAAGGAGUCUCAGAUUCAAGAGAACAUGAAAGCCAUUGAUGUCAUUCCAUUACUUACUCCUGCUGUGAUGGAUAAAAUCGAGGCUGUUGUUCAAAGCAAGCCGAAGCGGCCCGACUCAUACAGAUAGAUGCUGCUUCAGAUCCGCUACAAUGCUACAUUAUUUGCACCUUAUAUCGGCAUGCUUGGUGUUAUUCCCGAUUGAGAUCUCUUCUUUUCUUCCUUGUUUGUAUCUUCUUUGUGUUGUACAUUGGUGUUGACUUUGCCUUUACUUUUGGGUUCAAGGUUGCCAAAUUGAUUUUAGUUGCAAUAUAUUCCCAGAAUUGAGUAACUGGGGUAUAGGAUUUACAUUGGCUCAGAUUUAAUGAUGGCUAUAUGAUUUGAACAGUUUAUAAGUUUUUAAUUUUAGACUUUAUUUGGAUUCUUAUCUA